GGUGCCGAGCCGUGCCCCGCUCCAAGCGGCCGUAAUCCCAUCAAAGGGCCGGACUCAGCCUCCUCCCCCCUUCUCUCCGUCCCUCCCCGUCCCUGCCCGGCGCUCGUCCCGGCCCCGCUGUCCGCUCCUUGCCGCCCCGGCUCCGCUCCGCACCCGGCAGGGCGCCGGAGCCCCUCGCCCGCGGCCAGCGGCUCCAGCUCCGCGCUCGCUCGGGCGGGGGGACUCGGCGCACAUGGAGGUGCCGGGCGGCUGUCACGGCCGCGGAAUCGCCUUGGUGCUGCUCCUGGCUUCGUGUAUCGGGUGUGCGGCUACGCCGCGCAGGAACAUCCCCCGCCGGCAAGCAGAUAGGCUGGGGCCUCCUCUGGAUAUCCUGCUGGACUCACUGAACUGCACGGCGUUCAGCGUGCAAUGGAAGAUGCCGAAGCAGCACGCCAGCACCAUCACAGGGUACACGGUCUUUUACUCAGAAGUUGAAGGUGACAAAGCAGUUAAACAGCUCUCACACGAUGUUCCCCUGAGUCUGGAUAUGAUUAGCAUGGGUCAACUUGAAGGACAAGCAAUUUUUGAUGUUGUUAUUGGCGACCUGAAGCCGGGCACUGCACACCGCGUUAGCGUUGGAGCGUACAGCUGGGCAGGGAAAGGACGGCCCAGCAUGCCCAGGGAGGUGACAACUUUAUCCCAAGAUAAGUGCAUGCCUCCUGCGCCACCCUAUCAGCCCCAGAUCGUGGUGGUUUCUGAUUCAGAAGUUGCAUUGUCCUGGAAGCCUGGAGUGAGUGAAGGGAGUUCUCCCAUCCAGUACUACAUGGUGGAGUUUAUCAGGCCAGACCUUGACAGCAACUGGACGGUAAUAAGAGAGCAGAUCCAGAUGGAGUCCAUGGUUCUCAAAGGACUUCUCCCAAACACAAAGUAUCAGUUUGCCAUCCGAGCAGCAAACUCCUUUGGAUCCAGCCCUUCCAGCGCACCGAGCGACGUCAUCCGCACAUUCAGCUCUGAGGAGUUGGGAAGUGGAAGCUAUGGGCAUCGGUACAUCACAGACACAGUGACUGGUGAUGGUGAUGGAUUUGAUAUCGAUGAUUCAGACUAUGACAUUUACAUAGAAGAGCUCAGACCACUUCCUGCUAUUAAAGGAGGCAACAGAAAGUUUCUGGUCGAAACUAAGGUCACUCCAGGGUCUAGUUCCAGGCUCCUGUCACGGGUCCUAACAACCACUUCCGAGCCCACUACUUCCAGUGCUGCCAGCGCAGGGCCUUCGGCCCCAGGCGGGGCGAGCAGCGUGCGGGCAGCGCGGCGGGGCAGCGCGUCCCCAGAUGCGCGGCUCUCGGAGCUGUCCUGCGACGAGGCCGUGUGCUCCGCUGACAGCUUCUGCAUCAACGACUACGACCGCGGCGGCUCGCGCUGCCACUGCAACCUGGGCAAAGGCGGGGAGACCUGUGAGGAAGACAUUAGUAUCCAGUAUCCUCAGUUCUCUGGCUACUCGUAUAUCACCUUUGAACCACUGAAAAAGUCCUAUCAGACAUUUCAAAUUACCCUUGAAUUCAGGGCUGAAUCUGAAGAUGGUUUGCUGCUGUACUGUGGAGAAAAUGAACAUGGUCGUGGUGAUUUUAUGUCACUGGCAAUUAUCCGACGCAGCCUCCAGUUCAGGUUCAACUGUGGCACUGGAGUUGGAGUCAUAACGAGUGAAAAUAAAAUCAAGCUGGGGAACUGGCACAGUGUCACUUUGUUCAGAGAUGGGGUGAAUGGCUGGCUCAGGAUGGACAGCAAUGCUCCAGUGACAGGAAAAUCUCAGGGCCAGUACAGCAAAAUCACGUUCCAGACUCCCUUCUACGUUGGCGGCGCUCCCAGCGUGUACUGGCUGGUCAGGGCCACCGGCACCAACCGCGGCUUCCAGGGCUGCGUCCAGGCACUCAGCAUCAAUGGGAAGGUGAUUGACAUGAGACCCUGGCCAUUAGGGAAAGCUCUCAGUGGUGCUGACGUCGGUGAAUGUAGCAGUGGCAUCUGUGAUGAGGCAGCCUGCAUCAACAGUGGCACCUGUACUGCAAGCAAAGCAGACUCUUACAUUUGUCUCUGUCCUCUUGGAUUUAAAGGUCAUCAUUGUGAGGAAGCACUCUCCUUGGCCAUACCUCAGUUCAACGAAUCCUUAAGAUCAUUUGCUAGCACGCCCUGGCCCUUGGAACCACAGAAUUACCUUUCCUUCAUGGAGUUUGAGCUGACAUUUCGUCCAGAUUUAGAGACUGGUGUCCUUUUGUACAGCUAUGACACAGACAGCAAGGACUUCCUCUCCAUUACCAUGGUGUCUGGCUACGUGGAGUUCAGGUUUGACUGCGGCUCAGGAACAGCUGUUAUCAGGAGUGAAGAGCCUGUCAGCCUGGGUCAGUGGCACGAACUGCAAGUGUCUCGCACGGCAAAGAACGGCAUCCUGCAGGUGGACAAACAGAAGCCAGUGGAAGGGAUGGCAGAGGGGGCUUUUACACAGAUUAAAUGCAGCUCUGAAAUAUUUAUUGGUGGAGUCCCUAAUUAUGAUGAUGUGAAGAAGAACUCUGGGAUCCUCAGACCCUUCAGUGGGAGCAUCCAGAAGAUUAUCUUGAAUGACCGGACAAUUGAUGUGAAACAGGAUUUCAGUUUUGGAAUCAACCUAGCAAAUGCUGCCCACCCCUGUGUGACCUCACCAUGUGCGAAUGGAGGCACCUGCAUUCCCAAGAAGGACAGCUAUGAAUGUGACUGUCCCCUGGGCUUCGAUGGGCAGCAUUGCCAAAAAGCCAUUACAGAAGCAAUUGAAAUCCCACAAUUUAUUGGUCGCAGUUACCUCACAUAUGAUAAUCCAGAUAUCCUGAAAAGGGUAUCAGGAACAAGAACAAACGUGUUCAUGAGGUUUAAAACCACAAUGAAGGAAGGCCUUUUGAUGUGGAGGGGAAACAGUCCCAUGCGACCUAACAGUGAUUUCAUCUCUCUAGGCCUUCAGGAGGGAGCUUUAAUAUUCAGCUACAAUUUGGGCAGCGGCGUUGCCUCCAUCACGGUGAACGGCUCUUUCAGCGACGGCCGGUGGCACAGAGUCAAAGCAGUUCGGGAUGGACAGUCUGGCAAAGUAACCGUGGACGAUUAUGGUGCCAGGACCGGUAAAUCCCCUGGGAAGAUGAGGCAGUUAAAUAUCAAUGGAGAUCUCUAUGUAGGGGGCAUGAAGGAAAUUGCCCUGCACACCAACCGGCAGUACCUGCGGGGGCUGGUGGGCUGCAUCUCCCACCUCACACUCUCAACUGACUACCACAUCUCGCUGGUGGAGGAUGCUGCCAACGGGAAGAACAUCAACACGUGUGGGACCAAGUGACAAGAGAGGAAUCCCAGUGCUGAGGACCUGUCGUGUGCGUGUGUGUGUGGCUGAGCGAGAGCUGGCUGACACAGUCCUCUACAGCCGGACCAUGCUGGCAAUCUGGGAAGGUGACAAAGCCAAAGGGAAACCAAAAACAAGGAAGAAAAAAGAACAUUUUUCCCCUCUCAUUCCCUCUCCUUUCUUCUCCUUUCCCGUCCAAAUGAAACCAAGCAUUUUGUGUAUGAACUGUGCCCUCUACCCCUUAAGUGUUUAGUGAAUGCUAAAGGUUGUGCAUCAGUGCAAACAGCAAAGCGUGAUGUUAUGAGUAGCUCAGUGGCUGUGUUUUGUGGUCCUUAGGUUAUCUUUUGUAGUAUCAGAGAAAGCAAUCUUGAAACACCUACAAUCAUCCCACCCUGCAGUGAUACAGUGACUCUACUGUUUAACAAAUACACCAUUGGGCAGCGUAUUUCUGCACUCACAUGCAGGUCCUGGAACAAGCAGUUCUCCUUACCACUCUCUGAUUUAGCUAUGUUUCAUCCUGUGUAGCAGGAUAACAGUUACAAUGACUGGUUUCAAAAUAUUGUUGUUUGUUGAGGAGGAAAGUUCUUACAAGUCUACUUUUUUAUUACAAGCAACAAAAAAGCGAACCAAUUUUGUAGAGGUAAUUUUGUACUUGCCUAUUUUUUAUAGCAGCAGCAGACCUGCUUACUUGGCAUCACUUUUAACAUCUACGUGUACUAUACAAUUAGCUCUUUGCACACUUUCCUAAAAAUAGAAAAGUGACCUGUGGCUUAAUGUCUGUAUUAUACAGUUUAAUGGGGAUAUUUGUGAGUUAUGACCAGUUUUACAUUUGACUCUUUUUGUUCUGUAAAUUUUGACAGUUAAAAAUUGUACAUUAUGAAGCUUUCCUGUCUUAAACGGAUUAAAAGAUUAGGAAAAAAAAGAGCAAA